AACCAGGUAAUUUGGGAGAGCUAUUUAAAGCCGCGGCGACAUAUCCGGACGGAUAUAUUCAAUUACACACACUCGCCAGUUUUAAAUAACUGGUUGAGGAAAAUCUAGCGCCGCGCGUAGGAAAAGAGAAAGGAUAGAGAAAUAGUUUUAGUGUCGUGUCAACGUACGAAACUCGAGAUAUGAAAAGAACGACUGAGGUUCGGUGAUAGACAGUAUUGCCAUCCAGUUCGUGCAUAUUAAAUAAGCACCAUGAGCGCAACAAUGAUCGCAUUAGCGGUCUCCACGCUGUACAUUCUGCUCACGAGUCUCAUUGCGUAUUGGAUGAGAAGAUACGUGACAUAUUAUAUACGGGACCCGUUCCUACGGUCACUAUUUUUAGAAGGCAUUGCUACCGGCGAACUUUGCGGUGCAUGUUUCGAACUUAUAAUAAUCGCCGAAAAUUGGGGCGUCUCCAUGUAUGGGUUAUACUUAUUCGUACUGACGAUUUGGUGGUCUAUGAACUGGGGCGAUGCAACUGCAUGUCCUUAUACGCACAUCGAGGACUUCAUCGAGGGGAAGAAGUCGGUGCGCGACGCUUUCCUUUUAAUAUGGGCUGAGCUUGUCGGCGGUCUUGCUGUUUUUAGAUACAUACAAUUACUUUGGGCGCUCGAGAUCGUCUCGACACACAAGAACAAAGCGUUUGAAGAUUGCACCACAGAUUUACAGGUGCCCGUAAUAUUCGGGGCGUUCGUCGAAUGCGUGGCGACGUGCGUAUACAGGGUGGUGUCGCACGGUUUGAACGAAAUAAACUCAAAGUUCAACAUUAUCAUCGAUUCCUUCAUUGGGACAAGCCUGGUCAUCGCAGCUUUCGAUUAUUCCGGCGGCUACUUCAAUCCCGCGCUGGCAACCUCAUUGAAGUAUGGAUGUUUGGGCACAUCUUUUAUGGAUCAUGUAAUAGUGUAUUGGGUAGGCGCAUGCGCCGGUUCUAUCGCCUCUUUACGAGUCUAUAGAUCGCCGUUCAUUCAACGGUACAUGGAACAGUACAAGGAGAAGAUUCAUUAA